GACAUAACGAAAUGGCGCAGAAAGUUUCCAGUAACAUUUGUAGCAUUUGUUUUGAUGAUUUCGAGAAUCCGAGAAUAAUAGACUGUCAUCACAGUUUUUGUGAAGACUGUCUGGAUGGCUACAUCAACAGCUUUACCAUCAAUGGCCGUUUUUUCCUUUGUCCGAUAUGUGGCAAGGAGAUCAAAGCGCGUAAAGGGGCGAAGAAAUUCCCGAGGAACUUUUAUCUUGAUGACAAAUCGAAGACGGAUUUUAAUUCUACCCCAUGUGGAAUGUGCAAGACAUCGAAUACGUCAAAGUUCAAAUGUAAAGACUGUGAUAGAUAUCUCUGCACAUCCUGCAAAUCAAUGCACGAUACCCUCCCACCGUGUAGUGGUCAUCAUGUGGUCACUCUAGACACCACAAUUCUCGGCGAUACCAAGGGCAAAACGACGAAGAAGAACUGCCCGAAGCAUUCCGACAGUUGUAUGGAAUUUUACUGUCGAGAUUGCACGGAAACUAUUUGUAUGAAAUGUCUGAUGACAAACCACAGGCAUCAUAUGACAUCGGACAUUGCGGACGUUUGUUCAGAGGCAGUCCAGGAGCUGAAAGAAAUUGAAGAGAUAUUUCAAGAAAAGCUUACCCAAAGUGAAGAGAAUUCGGCGUCACUUAGAGAUACGAUUUCAGAGAUCCAAUCAUCGUAUGAACUGUCUUGUGAGCAUAUUUAUCAGCAAGUUCAGAAAGUCCGCAAGUCUGUCACCGACGCUGGAGAUUGUCUUAAAAACUCUUUAAAAAUGACUUUUGGUGAAGAGGAGGAAAAGAUAAAGAAAUUUCUGAAGGGUAAGGAAGAUGUUGCCCAGCAGCUGAGAACUAAUGUCCAAAGUGUUGCCGAGAUGAUACAAAAUGAACAAAUGAUGGAGGCCGUGAAAAGUCUCCCGUCAUUCAGAGCACAGUUAGAAGAAAUCAACUCUGUGGAUCUCGAAAUACCCCAAUUAAGCUGCUUUGCGUCAUUUCAAGAAAAUAAAAUCAACACUGGUGUCAUAAUGUCACUACUUGGAACCAUCAAAGAAAUAAACCGAGUGGAUGCGUUUAAUCAUACCUUCUCUUUGAAUCAGCUCAAGAGAGACGGGCGCGAGGAAACUGAAUGUAGAGAAAUAAAAAGGGAGGACUUGAUUUGGUACUUGACAAUAAAGAAAGGAACAACGGGGAUGAUGUUCAUUGGUAUUGGUUUAAAAAAUACAAACAUCAAAUCUCUCUCGGGUAAAUUCACCCUGAAGUUGGCAGUCAGCAAAAGUGAUAAGAAGUCCGCUAAAUUUAUGGGAAAUAUCAACUUGAAGGAUGGCUCUAUGAUAUUGACAACGGAAACUAAUCUCACAUGGGCGGAGCUGUGUGACCCUAAUCGGGGCUUUAUUGACGUCCGCAGAAAGCGGUUCUUAGUGAAGGCUUCAGUUUCCGUUACUGAUAUGACAAAAACUAUAUAAAAAUUGAUCUGUACAAAAUAUGGCUUGAUAAAUUGUGUUAUUGAAUCCAGACACCCAAGCACGUUAGUCGCUGGCAUAUCAAUUUGAUAAAAAACGAUCUCGAUCGAAAGGUACAUCACCCGUUCGAUUAGACUAUAUAGUGACAUCAUGACUAUAUCACAGUAGGUUGGAUGCAAACUGCCAAUCUAUAUUUAUAACGAUUUAAUUUGCAGUUGACGAUUUUACAAGGAGUUCUGUGCAAAUUAAUAAAUUUAUCUUACGAUUUUACUAAACCAAUAUAUAAAUUUAUCUACGAUAAGAAUUUCAGUGUUCGGCGCUCCAAUAAUACGCCACCGGACACGGGACCUCGUUUUUUACGUCCCAUCCGAAUAAUUAUAACCGUCGCUCAGUAAUAAGCAGUAAUUGUAUUUCAUAGAAUUGUGACCUGUAUAUUCCAGUUCAAUUACUAAAUGCCAUUGAAACAAUUUAUUCGCUACCCAUUGGUUUAU